UCGCGGACUGUAGGUGGCUUCACUAUCAUGGGAUGGGCCUUUAUCGUCGCUGCCAAAACCACCGUGGGUGUGCGGUCUGUGUCUCCUGUCUGAAGCGGAAACUAGGAGCCAAACAGAGGCAACAGGGGGAUUAUUGACCCUUUAAAAUGCAUCUAUUAUUCAAUGGAAGUAGUUCCCAGACUUCGCAGAAAUAGCCGAAACAGAGCAGAGGAAGUGUUUGUCACUGGAAGAAGAGCAGAGGAAUGCUCAGGAAGGAAAAGUCCCGGUCAUACAGAGAGUUUAACGAUGAAGAUGACGAUGAAGGCAAGAGGUCUCCAGAAUUUUUCGACGAUGCCACUGAGGAUCUGGACCAAGAGGAGCCGAACGGCAGCAUCUCACAAGAGGAAGAAAUCAGGAUAGGCAGUCCGCCUAUGCGGUUUAGUAAAACCUGCCUGAAGAACGUCUUCACGGUGGUUCUCAUCUUCAUCUACCUGCUGCUGACGGCGGUGGCGGUGUUUCUUGCCUACCAGACCAUCAAAGAGUUUCUCGACAAACACAACAACCCAGUGAUGUCCGUCACCUACAAGGAGGUUGACUCAUUCUUUCCACCAGGUAUCGCACUGUACCCAGGUAAAGCUCAGCUGCUGAGCUGUAAGCACCACUUCCAUGACUACAUCCCACCUUUAGUCGACCCGGGCAAACCUCAAGAGGGAGACUGUGUGAUUAAAGACGUGACUUACUUUGGACCGUUUUCUAAUCAAACACAGAAAAGAGCUCUGGUGGUCCGCGGCCCGUCUGAGGUCAGGAAGAAAGAGCUGGUCUUCAUGCAGUUCAGCCACAAUGAAACCGAGGAGGACUUCAGCGCCAUCACCUACAUGCUCUUUGCAAAGUUUAGUGACUUAAACGACAGUUCAAAUGAAGCUGAGUUUAUGAGGGAGUGUGAGAGGAAUUACUCCAUGUGGACUUUCUCUGGAGGGUUCAGAACCUGGGUCAAGAUGUCGUUAGUGAAGACGUCUGGGAGGAGCAACGAAGCCAUCGAGUUUCGGCAAGAGUCUGCUGUGGUGAAAUUCAAUGACAAAAGGCCAGAACCGGAACAAACCAAUCAGCUCUUCUUUGUUGUCUUUGAAUGGAGAGAUCCUUAUAUGCAAGAAAUCAAACUGAUAAUUACUGCAAAUCCCUGGAGCUCUGUGGCCAUCCUCUGCGGCGUCUUCAUGGCUCUCUUCAAAGCUGCUAACUUUGCCAAGUUGACGAUUCAGUGGAUCAUCAAAAUGAGAAAGAGACAUCUGAGGAAUAAAGCUCGAGAACUGAACCCGAUUACUGAUAGCUGAAAUGUUAAAACGAUCUGAUGAGAUCUAAAUGAUCCAAGUGAUUGAGCUGAGUCUUUAUUUUACACAAUUGAGUCUUUUUAAGGUCAACACUUAAACAAUUAAUGGUAAGGAGUAUCUACAGAUAGAAAAGCUUAUUACCAACACAAGAAGGAAAGUAAAAAAAGUUUUAAAGUAAUUUUAUCCCAAAGCCCUGAGAGGACAUGCAUCUGUGCUUUUUAUUUAAUUUCUUGUCCUUGAGUAUAUAAUUUUCUUGAAUUUUGUUUUUUGAUGACUAAAAUGAAGUUUUUAUUACAGACAAACCAGCAGAUAUUCUUAGGUAAUGACAGAAAUAAAUCAAUAAACCAAAAUGUAUUUAUUGUCACAGAAAAUUUAUGCAUAAAGGGAGUGAAAUCAAAUGCAUGUCCUCUUAGGCCUUGCCUAAUAACUGAAUAAUGUACAGUCCAGGGCCUGUGUCCACGGCUGCCAUUUUUAUGCACUUGACUGCACCCACAACCUCAGUUUCUUACCAGUGUUUAUUGCUGCCUGGUUGUGAAUGUUGACCUCCUGUUCCCUUGGUAGUAUCUGUGAGGUCAUUUUUAAACAUCUCUGUGCACUUAAUACUCAUCUUUAUUCAUGAAAAAAUCACUGUAGAUGUGAAAAAUAUAAAGAAACCCUGUCCUGGUAUUCACAGCAGCUGUACACCCAUGAGAACUUGAGCCAUGUUGGAGUUUCUCCGCUAUUGUUUUUGACAUGUGAUGUCAACACCUCUUCUUGGUUCUGAUUGGUCACUGAGAGAGAAGAUGUAUUGAUAAGUGCAGCACUGUUACAGAAGUUUUCUCAACUGAGAGCACAGCAACAAGAAACAACUGGCAACAAUGCUCAUUUUACACUAAGGCCCUGAAAAUGCUAAUUUUUCAAGGCAGCUGUGGACACAGGCUCUUAUUUUUCCUUUUAAUGAUCAAGAGAAAAUUUAACUGAGUUCCUACUCGUUGCAUUUCAUGAAUAUUUUCUCCAUCAUUCCUUGAAUUGAAGUUUCUGUACGCACAUGAAAGAAAAAGUUGCUGAAAGCUGAAACACUCAUUUUAUAUGUAAUUGUUUGAGAGCAUUAGCGAUAUGAUUGUUUCAGAUGUUAAACUGACAAAAUGUGAAGUUUGGUCAAAAUGUUGCCGGAAUUUUUUAUUCUCAUUUUUAAUCUUAUUUUAAAGGGAAUUUGUUUUUGUGUCCUAUUUUUUUCAAGAAUAUUUUACAAUUAUUUCACAGAGCAUUACAAUUAUGUUAACAGAGUGAUAAGGGAUUAUUGUGAGUUACUUUCCUUCCACUAGACUAAUCUGCUGUUUAUUUCUACACUGUGUUGUCUAAAUCUCUCUGUUUUACUCCUGUGACUUUUAUUUGAUUUAAGCACACAAAAUAUCCACAAGUGUCUUCAUUGCUGUUAAAGUUUUACUUGAAUUAUUGUCUUGAUUGUGCUGUCACCAGUAUUGGAUCCCCAGAGCUCUAUACCAAACACUUUGGACAAUAAAAGUUCAGAUUUUCUACCAUAA